CUAGUUCUACUGGGAAGAUGGCGGGUGAAACUGGUUGAGUUUUUGCGGUUCACCAAAUAUGAGUUUUAUGUCAAUAACCGAGACACGUCGCUGCUGUUGAUUGUGCAGAAGGCUCGGAUGUGUUGAAGUGUCGCGCGCGAGGAGGAGAUGUCUACCGAAGUCCUCAGACCCGGGCCGGUUGCCUGUGGAGGCAGAAAGCUGGGUGAGCUGAUCGGGAAGCUCCAUGAGUACUUGGCAGUAGCCACGGAAGACCAGACUGAACCUACUUUACCCGGACACUGGAAUGGAACCAUGGCCAAAGAAUACUUGGAGCAGCAGGCUCACGCCCAGUCCAGUGGCCCCUCAGAAGUGGGAAUGUUGUCAUCAUCUCGUUCAAGAAGGAAACCAGCUGUUGUCACCAAGCACAGCGGGAUGAACGAGUCAGACACUUCGUCUGAGAGUGGAGCAGAAGAUGGACUGUCUGUCCACUCCAGCGAAACAGACACCAACUUCCUACCCAAAGGAACUGUGUUUGUGCUGCCGGAGCCGGUGGGUAAUGAAGCACGUGAUGAUUUCCGUGGUCCAGAAUUCCGCAGCAGGCGCAUUUACAGGGACAGUGGCGACAGACGCAGAGGAGGAUAUGAGAUGGAGAGGGUAAACUGCACAGCGUGUGGUCAGCAGGUGAAUCAUUUCCAGCGUGACUCAGUCUACAUGCAUCCUAUGCUCAAAGUCCUCAUCUGCAAGAGUUGUUUUAAGUAUUAUAUGAGUGAUGACAUCAGCAAAGAUUCAGAAGGGAUGGACGAGCAAUGCAGGUGGUGUGCAGAGGGAGGCAGUCUGAUUGGCUGUGAUUACUGCAGUAAUGCCUUCUGUAAGAAAUGUGUUCUGCGUAACCUGGGGAGGAAGGAGUUGUCCACAAUCCUGGAGGAGGAGAGGAAGUGGUACUGUUAUGUGUGCAGUCCCGAGCCAUUGGUGGAGCUGGUUUUGGCCUGCGAUUCCGUUCUAGAGAGUCUAGAGCAGGCUCAGAAACGAGCCUCCCGUACUGAGCCGAACUCGGUCCGGGGGAAGGCUAAUAAAGGUGGACGUGGUGCGGCCUAUUUGAUGGGGACAGGAGGUGGGCCAGAGCCCACUGCAGGCCUUUACCAGCAAAUGCAGCGGUUUGUAGAUCUUUCCACAGCUCUGAGCUAUUCCUUCAAGGAAGUCGUUCAAAGUGAAAGAGAGGAACGAGGAAACCAAGAAGAGAGAAUUGGGCAGCUAAGGAUGUUCCGCACUGUGCUGGAUGAUCUGCAAGCUGCCAACAGUGCAUUACAGGAAUCCCUAGACCAUGAGCUAACUGGGUUCAAACGUGCCUGUGGAGUUGAUAGGCAUAAGCCAAAAGGAAAAGGAAGACAGAAAAGGGGAAUGUCAUCACAGAGCCCAGGACUCACUAAAAAGCUGGUGGUUAAACUCACUCCUGUACCGGUUAGUCCACAACCCAUCAGCAGUGCGUGUCUGUCCAUUCAUUCAUCACCUGACAGACAAAAGAUAAAGAGAGGAGUGACAGAUGGAGCACAGGAACAAAGAGGGACAGUGGUGGAGAUAGAAAAGGGGAUGGAAACAGAGGGAAUGGCUGAGAGAGGAGAAGAUGUGGAAAAUUAUUGUGUUAAUGACGAGGAGGAAGAGGAAGAUGAUGAUGAGGAGGAGAAAGAGGACCAGACUGAGCAAAAAGGUUUGUCUUUAUCAGAGGAGAAUAAACGUUCUCCACGUGUGAAAACCACACCACGUCGGCGGCUGACGAACCCCAGCACCACAGCUGAGCACGCUGGUUUAGCUGAGGAUGACUCUGAUUCUGACGAGGUGCCUGAAGUGCUGCUCCAGAGCGCUGCUGCCAUGACAAACAGUGAAGACUCUUCCUCACUGUUUGCCAUGGCAGGUAGCAGUUGGGAUGGGGAUGAAGUAAGCCAGCAUGUCAGAAAGCAGUGUCUCUUUGGACUGGUAAAAACCACACCUCCGGACAGAGGCUCUCGUAAGCGGAAUCUCAAAGAGAGGUCUUCAUCAUCCUCAUCAUCCUCUUCUGCGUCUUCAACGAGGGGCUCCCAGGACCAGGGGUCAAUGGUCAGAAUGACCAGGGGAAGAGCCCACAAAGUUGCCAGGAUGUCGGGACCGAGUGGGAGUUCAUCGAGUGAGGUGGGAGGACAGGAACUGGAGAGUGGGCAGAGCAGUGACUCUGACGAUCAGAGGAUCAAACCGCUGACAGAGGGCGUCACAUUGCUGGGCUCUGGAAAUUUCCAGCAGUCUUCUGGUGAUGAGAUGGACAUCCAGCCGGGGCCGUCUUUAUCCGUGGAGGACGAUGAUUUAGAAAAUAGAAUUGCGAGGCAGAUUCUGCUGGCUCAGAUCAGAGCUAAUCUCUCCUCUGCUUCUGAGCCCGACGCCAGCUCCAAUGAGCAAUCAGAGAGCAUGAGAGAAGAGCACAACAUCACAGACAACAGAAGAGGAAGUUUCUCUGAAGCUAACGAUGGCUCAGAUUGCAGUGGGUCACAGUCAGGGUCAUGGCACCAGUACCGAUUCCUGCGACAUGGUCUUACGUUAUCAGAGAGCAGAAACAAUGUUACUGGUGAGUCAUAAGUAUGUAAAAUCUCAAAGUUCAUUGAUUAUAUGUAUUUAUGUAAUUUUUUUACUCUUCAAAUAAUAGUACCUAUGUGAUGAUUCUACUGUUUUGUAUUUAUCGCAGUGAUGAAACGAGCGUAUCGAGCAGCAUGUAUGAUGAGUGUGAGGAAAUGGGGUAAAGCUCAUUUCAUCACAGUUUAUUAAUCAACUGCAAUGUGCCCUGGACAUUAUACACUCACAAAAUAACUAAUUUUCAAUUGCUACCUACUAAUAAGCCUAAAUAAGAGAGGAUUAUUUUUUAAGACUAUUUAUUUUGUAGGUCCCAGUAGCCAACUCAUAAUGAUGAGUUUCAUUGCACACACCUGACAAGAACACCACUGCUAAUGUGUGUGUUUGUAUAUCCUUUUACACCAUAGGUGUUUUUUUUUAUUUUGGGGGAUAUAAUGUUGAGAAUUAUGUCUCUCCAACCACAGAGGAGCAUUUGGGGGGGCACUCCUUUAGGGCGGAGGCAGAUCAGACCGCUUCUGGAGGUGGAUCAGCUGGCCCAGGAGACACAGAGGGCUGUGAAAGAAGAGGAGAUUAGCAGAGAGAGAAAAGCAGAGAUUGGAAAUUGAGAGGAGAGAACAAGAAGACGCAGACUCAGGAGGGAAAAGAGGUACAGCUUCCUCCUGUUUUCACAGGUCUGGGUGCAGGUUUGGCGAUCGAUUCUGUAAAGCUGAGUGAUUUUGAAUGGAGAGAGGCAACAAGUGAAGGUUUAGUGGGUGAUGGAGAGAGAAAUACUGAUCCAGUCUCCUUGGUCAGCGGGUCCAAUCAAAAUCCACAAAAUCCAGAUGUCACAAACACAGCCACAGUGGAAAUUUCUGGAUUUGAUGUGGGUAAUGGGCCAUCUGCCGACUGGUAUCUGCCAUUUGUAACAGCGGCUGAUGCCAAAGUGCUGGAGCAUUCUGGGAAAUUGCAGUAGCUACUUGAUAUUUUACGCUGAGCAGAGGAACUACAGGAAAAAGUGUUAGUGUUUAUCCAGUCUCUGAUAUCGCUUGACCUUAAUGAGAGUUUCCUCGUGUAUGCAGAUGAGACCAGGGGGGAUAGAUGUUGUCUACAUAAAGAGGAUGGUUAUUUCUGAUCUCCACUCACGCGGGGUCUCUGGGAAUCAACCUGGUUGAGGUGUUUGACGCUUGCUGGAAUCCGUCAUAUGCUCAUCCAGAGCAUCUUCAGAGUCUAUCGCUUUGGGCAGAAAAAAACUGUAUGUGUGUACCAUUUUCUAGCCCAGGUAUACAAACGACAGAUACUUGGGAGGAACUGAGAAGUCAAUUGUCAUUGUUAACCUAUUCAGGAAGAUUUUACUAUUGAGUAAAUAAUGCCUUAAUUUUUUUUUGUUGAAGUUUUUAUUUUGUUUUUUCACAUACAUUUUUAUAGCUUUAACAAAUACUAUAUGGGAAGCUAUAAUCUUGCGUUUUUAAUAUGGCUGUUUGUUUUGUUUUGUUUUUUUGGGGCCGUAUGGAAUGAUGGAAAAGAAAAUUUAUGAGUGGCAAGUUGCUAAACAGUCUCUGUCUUAUGUUCUGGACCAGUCCAUAUAGUAAGUUAUCAUGAACACAACUCAUUGUUAGACCACUAGGAAGAAGAGGAGCUGAGCAAGGAAGAGCACAGAACAGCCUGGGAUGAAUAUCGUGCAGAAAAGAAGGUACAAACUGUAAAUUUCAGGUCAGUGGAUUUAAACUGUGGUAUGGAGCGCCCUCAGGUGGUACACAUCACAAACCAGACAAUUUACACUUAACUUCACUAAUAAACUAAUAUAAAUAAUGUUUAUUUAUACACCAGGGGUUCUCAACUCUGACCCUCAGGUCCGAACUCCUGCAGAGUUUAGCUCCAACCUUGAUCAAACUCACCUGCCUAUAACUUUCUAGUGAUUCUGAAGACCUUGAUUAGCUUGUUCAGGCGUUUUUGAUUAGAGUUGGAGCUAAACUGCAGGAAAGUGGACCUCAAGGGCCAGAGUUGAGAACCCCAGUUAUACACUAAAUAAACGUGUGUGGCACGAUGCGAAACACUGUAAAGUCACAGAGCGGAGUGCAGCGGUGCCAAUGCUCUGCUGAUUUCAUAAGGAUUUAAACACUGGCAUUAAUAUCAGCAAUUUUUUUAAUCAACAAUUAAUCAAAAAUUUUUUUGGGGUGGGAGCUUCAUGGAACGGGUUUCCAUGGCCAUGCAGCUGCAUGUAAGCCCCACAUCACUAAGUACAAUGCCAAGUGUUGGGUGGAGUGGUGUAAAGCCCAACGCCACUGGACCACUGAACAGUGGAAAUGUUUUCUGUGCAAUGACAAAUUAUGCUUCUCUGCUUGGCAGAUGCUAGGAGAAUGUUACCUGCCUGACUGCAUUGCCAAAUGUAAAGUUUGGUAGAGGAUGGAAAAUAGUAUAUGGGGCUGUUUUUCGGGGAUUUAGUUAGGCUGCUUACUUCCAGAGAAAAUCUUAAUUAUUCAGCAUACCAAGACAUUUUGGACAAUGCAGUGCUUCCAACUUUGUGGGAAUAGUUUCUAUUCCAGCAUGACACUUUCAACCUAUCUCUUUCAGGCCUCUGUACAGAACUCCAAUUAACCCACCCACCGAAACCUCAACCAAGCACUACAGUUCAUUCACCUUCAGCAGGCCCUGGCUUCUCGAAACUGUGUUCCUUCAGGAACUUCAUUACCUGUAAGACAAGGCAUUGCCGAACGUUCUGCUGCUGGAGCCACUUAUAACAACUUCAACAUCACAUUUCGGUUGGAGCAACCUAAUGCGGUUUUCUCCAUUUCAGAAACAAACACAUAACCCAAUCCCCCUCAUGGUUUGUGUUUGAUUUGAUUGCUCUCAAUAUUACCAAUAUGAAUGUAGUUUUAACUGAAUGGACUCACAAGAUGAUGCUCAGGCACACAUUUUAAGACCUCAAAGCAAACUGCUGUUGUCAGAAAUAUGAACCUUAAAACAACACUAAUUCCUUACUUUACUGAGCGGCCCUUUGGCAUUUCUAGCUACCUGAAUACCUUCUAGCUAUAUAUA